AAAAGAGACUUACACUUUCCAUUUUCUCCUCAUUCUCACGCAAAGCAAUUCGUUUUUUGGUAUUUCAUUUUGAUCACUCUGAACCUUGUUCCCACAAUGGCUGCUGCUUCUUCAAUGGCGUUUAGUGGCGUCAGUUUAUGUACUAUGCGUUCCAUUUCUAAUAACAACACUCUCUUUUCCAUUCACCCAUGCAUUUAUUCAACCUUGCUCUCAAAACCCAAUUCUUUAAAAUCCUUUAAACCCCUACGGUUAAGAAAAAAUGGGGAUAUCGAGAGGAUUUCAAGGACUUCUUCGAGGUCUUUUGUUGUUCGUUGUGAAGCUUCAGCGGGAAGGAUUACUCAACAAGAGUUUACAGAAAUGGCCUGGCAAGCCAUUGUUUCUUCUCCAGAUGUGGCUAGAGAGAACAAGCAUCAAAUAGUGGAAACAGAACACUUGAUGAAGGCCCUCUUGGAGCAGAAGAAUGGUCUUGCUCGUCGAAUAUUUUCUAAAAUAGGAGUUGACAACACUCGCCUUCUUGAAGCCACCGAUAAGUUCAUCCAACGGCAACCAAACGUUUUGGGUGAGUCGGCUGGCUCAAUGUUAGGACGAGACCUGGAAGCUCUGAUCCAGCGUGCUAGGGAGUACAAGAAGGAGUAUGGGGAUUCAUUUGUUUCUGUUGAGCAUUUGGUUCUUGGAUUUACACAAGAUCAACGUUUUGGGAAGCAAUUGUUCAGUGAUUUUCAAAUAUCCAACCAAUCCUUGAAAUCUGCAUUAGAAUCCAUUAGAGGACGUCAAUCAGUUAUUGACCAAGAUCCCGAAGGAAAAUAUGAAGCAUUGGAAAGGUAUGGGAAAGAUUUAACAGCAAUGGCAAGAGCUGGAAAGCUUGAUCCUGUGAUAGGAAGAGAUGAUGAAAUACGCAGGUGCAUCCAGAUCCUCUCUAGGAGAACCAAGAACAAUCCUGUACUGAUUGGUGAACCGGGUGUCGGAAAAACUGCAAUCUCCGAAGGGCUUGCCCAGAGAAUUGUGCAGGGCGAUGUGCCUCAAGCUUUGAUUGAUCGCAAGCUUAUAUCCCUCGACAUGGGUGCACUCAUAGCUGGGGCUAAGUAUCGGGGAGAAUUUGAGGACAGACUGAAGGCAGUACUUAAGGAAGUAACAGAAUCUGAUGGCCAAAUUAUCCUUUUCAUUGAUGAGAUUCACACGGUUGUGGGGGCAGGUGCCACAAAUGGUGCAAUGGAUGCAGGCAAUCUUCUGAAGCCUAUGCUUGGCCGGGGAGAACUGCGUUGUAUUGGAGCAACAACACUUGAUGAAUAUCGAAAAUAUAUUGAGAAAGAUCCAGCUCUGGAACGUCGUUUCCAGCAGGUUUAUGUUGAUCAGCCAACAGUAGGGGAUACAGUCUCUAUACUUCGAGGACUUCGUGAGAGAUAUGAGUUGCAUCAUGGAGUCCGUAUUUCUGACAGUGCACUUGUAGAAGCCGCAAUCCUGUCUGACCGUUAUAUUAGUGGUCGAUUUUUACCUGACAAAGCUAUUGACUUGGUUGAUGAAGCAGCUGCUAAAUUGAAAAUGGAAAUCACUUCAAAACCCACUGCCCUUGAUGAGAUUAAUCGUUCAGUGUUGAAGCUGGAGAUGGAGAGGCUGUCUCUCACAAAUGAUACCGACAAAGCUUCGAGAGAUAGACUGAGUCGCCUUGAGUCAGAGUUGUCCCUCUUAAAGGAUAGACAGGCCGCGUUGACUGAGCAAUGGGAGCAUGAGAAGUCUGUCAUGACACACAUUCAGUCGAUAAAGGAAGAAAUUGACAGGGUAAAUGUGGAGAUCCAGCAGGCUGAGCGGGAGUAUGAUCUGAAUCGUGCAGCUGAGCUGAAAUAUGGGAGUUUGAACUCUUUGCAGCGUCAACUUUCUGAUGCAGAAAAUGAAUUAGAUGAGUAUAUGAGAUCUGGAAAAUCAAUGCUGAGAGAAGAAGUUACAGGAAAUGAUAUUGCUGAAGUAGUUAGUAAAUGGACUGGCAUACCAGUUUCCAAGCUUCAAGAAUCGGAGAGGGAGAAACUAUUACAUUUGGAAGAAGUGCUGCAUAAACGUGUCGUUGGUCAAGAUCCUGCGGUUAGAUCUGUAGCCGAGGCCAUUCAGCGAUCUCGAGCUGGUCUCUCAGACCCCCGCCGUCCAAUUGCCAGUUUUAUGUUUAUGGGUCCAACUGGUGUAGGGAAGACUGAACUUGCGAAGGCCCUUGCGUCCUUCUUGUUUAAUACUGAGGAAGCACUUGUCCGCAUUGAUAUGAGCGAGUAUAUGGAAAAACAUGCAGUUUCGAGACUUAUAGGUGCUCCACCUGGUUAUGUGGGGUAUGAAGAAGGAGGACAGCUGACAGAGACUGUUCGCCGUAGGCCAUAUGCUGUAAUUCUUUUUGAUGAAAUAGAGAAAGCUCAUGGUGAUGUGUUUAAUGUUUUCCUUCAAAUUUUGGAUGACGGGAGAGUCACUGAUUCACAGGGUCGGACCGUGAGCUUUACCAACACCGUUAUCAUUAUGACUUCCAAUGUGGGUUCACAGUACAUUCUAAACUCGGAUGAAGAGAAGCCUAAAGAUCUAGCUUAUGAAACCAUCAAGCAGAGGGUGAUGGAGGCUGCAAGAGCGGUCUUUCGACCUGAGUUCAUGAAUCGUGUUGAUGAGUAUAUAGUGUUCCAGCCUUUGGACCGCAAAGAAAUUAGCAGCAUCGUGAGGUUACAGCUGGAGCGUGUGCAAAAGAGGAUUUCAGAUAGGAAAAUCGAACUUCGGGUCAUGGAUGCCGCUGUUCAGCUUCUUGGUAAUCUUGGUUACGAUCCCAACUACGGUGCUAGACCUGUAAAAAGAGUGAUUCAACAGAAUGUUGAAAAUGAGCUUGCCAAGGGCAUUUUGAGAGGGGAGAUCAAAGAUGAGGACACCAUCUUGGUAGACACGGAGGUAACACCAUCUCCGAAUAGCCAGCUCCCCCUGCAGAAGCUAGUCUUCAAGAGACUCGACGGUGAUAUGGAUACUCAAGCAACAGGUGGUCAGGAAGCUGUAUCUCAGACUGUCUGAGUUGCACUCAAUUUUGAGAAAGGGAA